CUUUCUCCUGGAUCCAUCAUUUUUGAGCCAUCAAUUACUCCGAACAACAACUUUACGACGACGAAUACCAGAAUUCCACAUUAUCAAUACGACCCAGCUUUAUAAAUUCGACAUCAUGGCUGUCUUUGGAUCCUUCCGCAAGUGGCUUGCACUCAAGCAAUACCAACUCGAGGUUACUUUCAGCGUCUACAUGUUCACGCCAUGGGAGAAGUUCUUCUUCAGCUCUAUCGUCUUUCUUCUCUUCAGCCUGACCUUUAUCGCCGCCUGCCUCUAUCUCCCGCACCACAUCUCAUUCCUCGUCGGUCGCGCAUGGUACUACAUGAACGGAGAGCAAAUCGACGUCGCCGAGGUGGUGCAAGAGGCUGUUAAGGAUAUGUCCGCCAGUGCGCUAUCUGGUGCAACGGCGAGCGCGGUAGAUGUUACUAAGGAGACCAUCGAAAUUGUCAAGGAGCUAUAAAUUUCGAAUGACGUGUUCCCCCUAUAUACCAGCAUCACAUCGAAAUGCUACGGCGGCGCCGUAACAACGAGAUUCUGGCCAACUGAGGCUUGAACUAGACCUCAAAUUUCAACCUAGUGAACCGCGAGAUUUGACUCGCAGAUUCAUCUGGCAUCACGACAUCAUGGAUACGGAAAUACAUAACACCUUGGCCAAUAGAUGGCUAUAAUGAUAAUAAUACACUGAACUUGGUUGCCUC